AUGCUUGAAUACAUUUUAAGUUUAAGUGCUAUUGUUGACGCCUCCCCAACGACAUAUUCAACAACAACACCAGCAGAAUCACCAUCUUCAUGUUCAAAAUCAACAUUUUUACUAUUACCCAAUGAACUUCUUCUUUUUAUUUUUAUUUAUUUAAAAUCAACAGAAAUUAUUGAAAUAUUUUUUAAUCUGAAUGCAAGAAUAAAUAAUUUAAUAUUCUCUCAUAAACAUAUAAAUGAAAUUGAUAUAACUCAGGUUGAUCAAACAUGGAUAAAAAAAUACUUACAUAUUACACAACCUUGUAUAAAUAAAUUAAAAUUUGAAGAACAACAUUUAGCAAUAUUAUUUGGUCAACCAUCAUCAUUAUCACAAAAUAUUCCUUUGUUAUAUCCUAAACUUCAUACAAUCAUUUUCACAGAAAUUGAUGAUACGCACAACGAUGAUAUAAAAAUGUAUAUAGAACAAUUUAAAAUUUUACAUCAGUCAACAUUAAUAUUAAUAUUUACAUGUGAUAUUCAUCAAAAUUUAUAUAUACAACUAUUUCAACAUAAUACACAUUUGGAAACACUUCACAUUGAUAGUAAUCAUAUUUCGCCAUCGCGUGAUGAUUAUUUUCCACGAAUUACACAAAAUUUCUAUAUUAAACAUUUACACAUAGCAUUAUUUUGUUUAUAUCAAACCUUUAUUUUAUUUGAAAAUUUAUUACAAUUAGAAUCCAUACAUAUUGAUAUAUCUCAUACUCCAUUUGGCACUUAUGAAGGUGAAAAUUUUGGAACAAAACCAAUUACAAAACAUUUGAAAAGAUUUUCUUUACAUGGUUUGAUAGAAGAUUUUGAAGAGUUAACAUUUUUAAUCAAACAAUUUUCUUUAACAUUAGAAUAUUUAUCGUUACGUAUAAAAUGCCAUACAGAUGUCCGACUCAUUAAUGGACAUUAUUUACAUCAAGAACUGUUAUCACAAUUAUUAAAAUUAAAAUCAUUCCAUUUUUGUUUUACUUUGUAUCCUUAUCAAAACCAUAAAGAUAUUAAAACAUUACCUUGCACAAUUGAUUUAAAUGAAAUUAUAAAAACAUAUCAGACACCCUACUGGUUAGAACGAACAAUAUUUUUUUAUGAACAUAUUGAAAAAGACUAUUUUUUUAUUGCAACAUUACCCUAUCAUUAUGAUUAUUUUCGUUCUAUUUCUAAUAAUAUUGUUAAUUAUCGUUUGAACAAACCACGAAUAAUAGCAACAACAACUACAGGCAAAGACACUGUUGAUCGUGGUGAUCAACAACUGUCAACAACAACACUCUCCUCAACAAUGUCUAAAGUGAAGAGAAUUAAAUUUUAUGUGGGUUCUGAUGAAGAGAUGUUGACAUUAGAAUUAUUUCAAUUUAUCAAACAAACAUUUACACGUGCUAGAAUUUUA